CACCCCACCCAACCCCCUCUCUCUCCAAAUAUAUAUGUAUUCAAGAUGAUCACAUCUCCCACAUCUCACGCUUCUCUCUCUACCAAAAAUAAAGGCAACUUAGUAGGCAGCCAUUUUAGUUGUUGAUGGCUAGAAGAGAGAGAAACUACUGCUUCCUCACCGCCAUUGCAGCACUCAGCUUGCUGCUGCACACCAACAUAGCAAGUGGUAUUAAUGAAGAAGAAGAAGCAGAUAGAAUCGUAGCUCUUCCCGGCCAGCCCAAGGUCGGAUUUCAGCAGUUUUCCGGCUACGUCACCGUCAACGCCGCCGCCGGCCGCGCCCUCUUCUACUGGCUCACGGAGGCUGUUCAAAACCCCUCAUCAAAGCCACUUGUUGUUUGGCUCAAUGGAGGUCCGGGAUGUUCUUCGGUGGGGUACGGUGCGUCGGAGGAAAUCGGACCGUUCAGAAUCAGCAAAACUUCAUCCGGUUUAUAUCUCAACAAGUUUUCAUGGAACAACUUAGCAAACCUACUCUUUUUAGAAACUCCAGCUGGCGUCGGUUUCUCUUACACCAACAGAUCCUCCGACCUCUUCGACACCGGCGACCGCCGCACUGCCAAGGAUUCGUUGCAAUUUCUGGUGCGGUGGCUGGAUCGCUUCCCCCGCUACAAGAAUCGCGAGAUUUAUUUGAGCGGCGAGAGCUACGCCGGCCACUACGUUCCUCAAUUGGCUAAACAAAUCGUCGACUACAACGCCAACACUAACCACAAGAUUAAUCUCAAGGGUUUUAUGGUGGGAAACGCGGUGACCGACAACCACUACGACAACCUGGGCACGGUGAAUUACUGGUGGAGCCACGCCAUGAUCUCCGACAAGACCUACCGGCAGCUGAUGAGCACGUGCGACUUCCAGCGGCAGAAGGAAUCCAACGAGUGCGAGUCGCUCUACUACUACGCUAUGGAUCAGGAAUUCGGCAACAUCGAUCAGUACAACAUCUACGCGCCGCCCUGCUCCAACAAUUCCGACUCCGCCUCCGCCACCCGCCGCGCCAUGCGUCUGCCGCACCGCCCUCUCUCGGGUUUGGUCGGACAGCUGUCGGGAUACGACCCGUGCACGGAGAAAUAUGCUGAAAUUUACUAUAAUAGGGCCGACGUGCAAAAGGCUCUUCAUGCAAACAUAAGUGGCCGGAUUCCCUAUAGAUGGACUGCUUGCAGCGAGACUUUGAAUCGCAAUUGGAAUGACUCGGAUGCCUCAAUUCUCCCCAUAUACAGACAACUAAUUGCAGCUGGAUUGAGAAUUUGGGUGUUUAGCGGGGAUGUGGACUCGGUUGUGCCAGUGACUGCAACAAGAUAUUCGUUAGCACAACUUAAGUUAGACACCAAAAUCCCUUGGUACCCUUGGUAUGUCAAGAAACAGGUGGGAGGGUGGAGUGAAGUGUACAAAGGGGUCACUUUUGCAACCGUGCGAGGGGCCGGCCACGAAGUGCCCAUGUUCAAACCGCGAGCUGCCCUUCAGUUAUUCGGAUCUUUUUUGCAGGGGAAGCCCCUCCCUAAAUCCUAAUUUUCAUUUUCGCCCCUCUCUCCUUUUCUUUGGCAAAAUUUGCCUACCUGUGUUGUGUGUUCAAUACUUCUAGAAUCUUCGUCUUCAUUUAGGUCUUAUUUUUCUCAGUUUUUUUUUCCCUUUCGUUCAUCAAUUUCAAACUCGAAUUUAUGAACCAUCAAUUUGUCAUGUGCUGUCAAGCACUAAAAUCGAAUUUAUAGACCGUCAAAAAUCGCUCACACACCUAAAUUAUGGUGACCAA